GCUGGAGUGAAAAAUGGGCAUGGUAAUCCUAAUUUGCCAUUUUGUUUGAUGCUCUGUUGCUAACUAUCUGCAUCUACGAAUAUUUCUCUGCAAUUAUUACUGUAAUUUUUGGUUCAGGUUAGCAUGAUAGGUGUAAAUUUUGAGGAUAAUCAUGUAGCAACUGGGUUUGGGAAUCAUCUUGCCCGGCCUAUUCUUCGUGAUGAGUGGCACGAGAACUUGAGUUUUGAAGAUGGUGUCAAGUUACUGGAGAAAUGUAUGCGUGUACUGCUAUAUCGUGAUCGGUCUGCUGUCAACAAGCUUCAGUAUCACAUGGAGGAUGCAAGCAAAAAGAGAAAAAACUGCCUUCAUCAUGAUGACGACGUUGAGGAAGAUGACGAACAAAAAAUGGAAAAGUUUUUUGCGCUCAUCAGGAAUAUCCGAGAGGCUCGUGAUCAGCAUGUGAGAUCGAAUGGCCCAGAUGUAAUAAAGGGAUCGAUAGACAACAAGAGAUCUAAGAUGAAUAAAGUCAUUGAGGAAGAGAAGAAGAUCAAGAUCGUCACUGAAGUUUGGAAGCCGUCCUUCGAACCCGAAGACUUCAUGGAAAAGGUGGCCGGAGCUCAGUUCAAAACAGUUCUGGGUUCUUCUCAAAUUCAAGAGACUGAUCAGGAAAAAGAAAAAGAAGAAGAAGAAGGUUUACUAGACCUAAAGCUCUCACUUUAGUGUGUACUUCCCACAAGUACUCAUGCAAAGAAGAUCAGAUAAAACCCUAGCUUCUGUUUAUAUAUGUUAGUGAAGUUGUUAAUUAGCUAGAUCUAUGUAUAAUCAUGGAAGAUCUUGAGAUCCAGGGAAAUUUAAAGCUAAGUAGCAAGCUAGCUGUGCCAUUCUAGCUAUCACUUUAAUUAGGAACUGAGUUCUUAGCAGCUAGAAAUCAUGAUAAAUGCAAAAAAACAGUGUAAUAUCUGAAGU